GGCGGGAUUAGCUCAUCUCGGCGGCGGAGACAGAACAGCAGCAGCGGCGUUAGCGGCUCGUCCGCGGCAGCUUCGACUCUCUCCCUGCUGGGUUCGGCUCAGGCGGAGGGGCGCGGAGAGCUCGCUCGUCCUUCUCGUCCCCCCCACCCCACCCCAGUCUGGGUGUUUGUCUCCGGCCGGCUCUAUGGCUGUGUGCAAUGGAGAAGCCAAGUUGGAGAAUACUGGAGAAGAUCUCAAGGAUGGGGUGUGCCGCUAUGAAGGAGCUGUCGUCAUACUUGAUGCUGGAGCUCAGUAUGGAAAAGUCAUAGAUCGCCGGAUCAGAGAACUGUUUGUCCAGUCAGAAAUUUUUCCUUUGGAAACACCUGCUUUUGCAAUUAAAGAACAAGGAUUCCGAGCCAUCAUCAUCUCUGGAGGACCAAAUUCUGUUUAUGCAGAAGAUGCUCCCUGGUUUGACCCCGCAAUUUUUACAAUAGGCAAACCGGUCCUUGGAAUCUGCUAUGGCAUGCAGAUGAUGAAUAAGGUAUUUGGUGGUACAGUACACAAAAAGAAUGUCAGAGAAGAUGGUGUCUUCAGUGUUACAUUAGAUAACACUUGUUCAUUAUUCAGGGGACUUCAGAAGGAAGAAGUUGUGCUCCUUACCCAUGGAGACAGCGUAGAUAAAGUAGCAGAUGGAUUCAAAGUUGUUGCUCAAUCUGGAAAUGUUGUAGCAGCUAUAGCAAAUGAAUCAAAAAAACUGUAUGGAGCGCAGUUCCAUCCUGAAGUUAGUCUUACAGUGAAUGGAAAACUGAUGCUGAAAAACUUUCUUUUCGACAUUGCCGGAUGCAGCGGUACCUUCACAGUUCAGAACAGAGAAAUGGAGUGCAUUCAUGAAAUUAAAGAGAAAGUAGGAUCAUCAAAAGUCCUGGUUUUACUCAGCGGAGGCGUAGAUUCUACAGUGUGCACAGCUUUACUGAACCGUGCUUUAAAUCAAGACCAGGUGAUAGCAGUCCACAUAGAUAAUGGAUUCAUGCGCAAGAGAGAAAGUCAAUCAGUGGAAGAGGCAUUAAAAAAAUUGGGAAUUCAAGUCAAAGUGGUAAAUGCAGCUCAUUGGUUCUACAAUGGUACAACAACUUUACCUAUUUCUGAAGAAGACAGAACUCCUCGAAAAAGGAUCAGUAAAACACUGAAUAUGACUACAAGUCCUGAGGAGAAACGAAAGAUCAUUGGUGACACUUUUGUGAAGAUUGCUAAUGAAGUUAUUGGAGAACUGAAUCUGAAACCAGAAGAAGUCUUCCUUGCCCAAGGAACAUUAAGGCCUGAUCUCAUUGAAAGUGCUUCAGUUAUUGCUAGUGGCAAAGCAGAAGUCAUCAAGACCCACCACAAUGACACAGAACUCAUCAGAAAGUUACGGGAAGAGGGAAAAGUAAUAGAACCACUGAAAGACUUCCAUAAGGAUGAAGUAAGAGUGCUUGGGAGAGAGCUUGGUUUGCCUGAAGAACUAGUUUCAAGACAUCCAUUCCCAGGUCCUGGCCUUGCCAUUAGAGUAAUAUGCGCUGAAGAACCAUACGUUUGCAAAGAUUUCCCUGAAACUAAUAACAUUUUGAAAAUCAUAGCAGACUUUUCUGCAAGUGUUAAAAAGCCUCACACUCUGCUACAGAGGGUCAAAGCAUGUACGCCUGAAGAAGACCAGGAAAAAUUGAUGGAGAUCACAAGUCUCCAUUCAUUAAACGCCUUUUUACUGCCAAUCAAAACAGUGGGAGUCCAGGGUGAUGGUCGUUCUUAUAGCUAUGUAUGUGGAAUCUCCAGUAAAGGUGCUCCGCCUUGGGAGUCCCUUAUGUUCCUAGCCAGACUCAUACCACGGAUGUGUCACAAUAUAAAUCGGGUUGUCUAUGUGUUUGGGCCACCAGUCAAAGAACCUCCCACUGAUGUUACUCCCACUUUCUUGACGACGGGAGUUCUCAGCACAUUGCGGCAGGCUGAUUUUGAGGCUCAUAACAUUCUCAGGGAAUCUGGUUAUUCUGGAAAAAUCAGCCAGAUGCCAAUCAUCUUAACACCAUUGCAUUUUGACCGAGAUCCCCUGCAAAAACAGCCAUCCUGUCAAAGAUCAGUGGUUAUUCGAACUUUCAUUACAAGUGAUUUCAUGACUGGCAUUGCAGCGACUCCUGGCAAUGAGAUACCAGAAGAGGUUGUGUUGAAGAUGGUGACCGAGAUUAAGAAGAUUCCUGGCAUCUCCCGGGUGAUGUAUGACUUGACUUCGAAACCCCCAGGAACAACUGAAUGGGAGUAAUUACUUCCCUCCCCUUUGAAAGUACUGUAUGCAGUUUUAAAUUAUAUCAGAAACCAUUCCCAGUGUUGACAUGCAGUACUGUGAAAAGAGUGACUGGAGCGGCUGCUACAUCUUAUGUGAUUACUGUAUUCUCUCCUGGAACAUAAUCUGCAAAUUAAGAGUGCUGAUGAGGGUGGGGGAAGUCAGCUCAAUGGGGCUGAGGACAUGUACGGGUAAAUAAUUUACGGCAGCAUUGCCUACGUGCAGAUAGAAUCAUAUUGCUUUGCCUUUUUUGUCUUACAGCCUCUUCCUGUUUUUGUGUAUUUUACUGUUAAAUGUCAUUUCAAUGUCUCUUUUUUUUGUAUACUGUGUAAAAAGAGACGAUUUAUUUACAUUCACCAACACUAUUGUUAGAGCUAUUAAUAAUGUAAAAUGAAAAAAGUGACCAACUGCUUUUGAAACAGAUUUAUUAUAAAUAAAUAUUUUGCCAAAUG